UUAUCAGCUUUUAUAGGCUGAUUAUUAAGAUUCAUGACUGAAAACUGCUCCUGCAGCUAGAAAUGUGGAAAUCUGAGAUAACUUUCCAUGACACACACGCACACACAUGCACGCAUACACACACACACACACACACACACACACACACACACACACACACCUGGUCAGUUCUCAGCUCUGCAUACAAAGAGUAAAGAAACGUCACCUGUGGCAGCUGCAGCACAAACUUAACUCACAGCAGCUAUUAUAUCCUCCGUCCUAUGAAUGAAUGAUGACACACACACACACACACACACACACACACACACACACACACACACACACACACACACACCUGUCCAGUCUCAGGUGCUGAAUAAUGAAUCAGCCUGAUCACAUGGUGUCAGCUCUGCAGCAUUAACGCUGUCGUCUCCUCUCGUCUCCUGUCGUCUCCUGUCGUCUCUGUCUCCCUGCAGGUCUGCAGAGGACGAGGACUCAGACCUUCUUCAGGAAAACACACAGCCAAGUCCGUGUCCUCCGUCUGGAUCUGUGGCUCAAACGUAAAGGAUGAGGAGAGCGAUGAUGAGAGGAUGAUCGAGGGAGUCACAGAGAGAAGUUAAGAGUCAAAAACACAUCAACAGUCCUCCUUAUUCAACAGGUGCGGCGAUGGCGGCGUGGCUGAGCCGGCUGUCUCUGGGCGACGCCUGGUACAGCAUGUACUCCCGCCUGCUGCGGACCAAACCCGUGGGCUCCAUGGCUCACAGCACCGACGACCUCACCGAGCUCGGGGAGGGGGCGGCGGUCGGGCUCGCCAAAGUCCUGACCACCGUGGACCUGGUGUCGCUCGGAGUGGGCAGCUGCGUCGGCACGGGGAUGUACGUGGUCGCCGGUUUGGUCGCCAAGGCAAUGGCUGGACCAGGAGUCAUCCUGUCUUUCAUUAUCGCAGCAUUGGCGUCCAUACUGUCAGGUGUGUGUUACGCAGAGUUCGGUGUCCGGGUCCCGAAGACGACCGGCUCGGCCUACACCUACAGCUACGUGACAGUCGGGGAGUUUGUGGCGUUUUUCAUCGGCUGGAAUCUGAUCCUGGAGUACCUGAUCGGCACGGCGGCGGGGGCGUCGGCCCUCAGCAGCAUGUUCGACUCUCUGGCCAAUCACAGCAUCAGCAACUACAUGAUGACGCACCUGGGCACGCUGCGAGGACUCGGUAAAGGUGAGGACACGUACCCGGACCUGCUGGCCCUGUUCAUCGCCCUGCUGGUCACAGUCAUCAUCGCUCUCGGUGUGCGCAACUCCGUUGGCUUCAACAAUGUCCUCAACGUGGUCAACCUGGUGGUCUGGGUCUUCAUGAUCAUCGCCGGACUCUUCUUCCUGUCCGCCAGCAACUGGGAGGGCGGCCAGUUCCUGCCCUACGGCUGGUCGGGGGUGAUGCAGGGUGCUGCGACUUGCUUCUACGCUUUCAUCGGCUUCGACAUCAUCGCGACGACGGGAGAGGAGGCGAAGAACCCAAACACCUCCAUCCCGUACGCCAUCACCGCCUCACUGGUCACCUGCCUCACUGCAUACGUGUCGGUGAGUGUGAUCCUGACUCUGAUGGUUCCCUACAACCUGAUCGAUGGCUCGGCUCCUCUCAUGGAGAUGUUCGCGGUGCACGGCUUCCUGUGGGGGAAAUACACCGUGGCAGUCGGCUCCAUCGCCGGACUCACCGUCUCUCUGCUGGGCUCCUUGUUCCCGAUGCCCAGAGUCAUCUACGCCAUGUCCCGGGAUGGCCUGCUGUUCAGGUUUUUGUCUCACGUGUCUGCGGUCACACACACUCCCACGGUGGCGUGCGUGGUGUCGGGGAGCUUCGCGGCCCUCCUGGCUCUGCUGGUGAGCCUUCGGGACCUGAUCGAGAUGAUGUCCAUCGGCACGCUGCUGGCGUACACUCUGGUCAGCGUGUGCGUGCUCUUACUGCGCUACCAGCCGGACGACCAGACCGACGCGCACCAGUACGACGCUGAGGAGGACGUGCCCGGCCUGAAGCUCCAGGACGACGUCGCCGUUCCCACCAAAGACGACCAGAUGCUAAUCGGAGACCCAGAUGGCGACGGAUCAGCGUCUUACCACGCGGGCGGGGCUGAGGGCGAGGGGGGCGACUCUGAGUUCCACACAGGCCCCGCCUCACUGCUGAAAAGGCUUCUGGGAGGUCAUUACUACACCCUGCGGCUGCGGCUGGGAAUGCCCGAAGCGUCGGCCCGGCCCACCCCCGCCACCGGCCGUAUCGUGACCCGGUGCACCCUCCUCUUCUUCUUCACGUCCUUCUUCCUCUGGUCCACGGUUUUGUUCGGCGUGGAGCAGGGAAGCGGCGCCGGGGCCGUGUUUUCAGGCCUCAUGGCCACGCUGAUGGCGGGCUCCUUGGCGAAGCUUUUAAUCAUGAUCCUACAGCAGCCAGAGAGCGGGAGGAAGCUGCCCUACAUGGCGCCCUGCGUGCCCUUUGUCCCCGCGGCGGCCAUAUUGGUCAACAGCUACCUCAUGCUUAAACUGUCGUCCCUCACCUGGGCCAGGUUCACCGUGUGGUGCCUCGUCGGUUUGUUGAUCUACGGUUGUUACGGAGUGUGGCACAGCACGCUGGAGCUGGACGCCCGGGAGCAGCAGGCGCACGCCAGCUCCUACCAGCGCUACGAUGACCACCUCGACGACGACACCUUCUCCCCCGACGACAGCCUUUACCCCGAGGAGAAGGACGACAGGCCGUACCAGGGCUGGUCCGCCCCGGAGGAGAGGGGAUACCAUCAGCAGCGGGAGUAUCAGCGUGAUGGAGAGCCGCAUCAGAGCCAGUACGAGGACGAUGGUGACCAGUACGGAUACCAGUCUGGACCGGGAGGCCAGUCUGCGAGCAGAGGCAGAGGAAGGACCAAUCAUGGCUUUGAUGCAGGUGAAGAGGACGACUGAGCGGAGGAUGCUUCCGAAAUUAUCAUCCACCGAACAAAACUUUGGAAGUGCCGUCUAAACGAGAUCCAAAAUCACACCGCAGGAUUUUAUUUCAAUAUUUUCCGCUGAAUUCCUCAUCUGUCCGCUCCGUGUAAACCCGGUCCGGAUAUCAGAGGAGGAGGUACACGAGGACACGAUGGACGCCUCCCAUCACAGAUGUCUCACCGCGUCAAAGCUGCCGCAGCUGCAAGAGCUUCAGCUGAUUUUCGUGUCUUUAUUGUAACGGUGAAUCUCCUCCAGCAUCCGUCCUGGUUUUUACCUUCAGCCUUCAGCGUAAAAAACAGCGUAAACCUUCCCUCCAAAAAAGCGAAGAUCUAGUGCUCCUCAUCUUCCUCUAAAGUUUUAAACACUGCGCUUUAAAUCAGUGGUUACCCACAAAUCCAUGGCACAAUUAUGCUGCGUUCAGACCGACUUUAAACGCUUUCUACCUGCAAAAAGUUGGAAAAUCCUUCCGUUAGAGUAUCGCACACCUCGAUCAGCUCUUUAAUGAACAGAUCUACUCCUCCAAAUGGAUUUCUUGGAUCUGAUUUCAUCGUCUUAUGGGUCCAUGAAAUAACAGACCUCCGAUAGUGUUUUUGACGUGAAUAUCUUCUUACAGACAGAUUGCUUAAAGAUCAAUAUUAACCCUUUAAAACCUGGACCUUGUACUGCAAUCAGAUGCCUUCCGCAGGCAUUCAAACCUUUGAAACAAAUUGGUUUGGUUUGUCCCACAAACUGCAAGAAAUUUGAGAUUAGAGAUUAGAUUUGCAAAGUUAUUAUUAAGCAUUUUUUGGGUAAUUUUAACUUUUUUUUGCUUUUUUUUUCCUGAUAACU